UUCAAUCGGGAAUGUUAGUCCAUUUUGUGCCUUUAACCAGUUCAUGAGCAGCAUUUCAAUAUAUAAUUAAUAUUUUUAUUAUUGUACGUUGAAGUGAUAAAAUAGUGAAUAAAAUGUAUUUCAAACUUUAUUUUCUUGCAAGUUUUUUGUUGAUUGGCUUUAAUUUUGUUGAAAAUGUUCGUUGUGCAAUUGAUCAAGUUGAGCCUGAUAGUCUUCCGAUUCGAGUUCGGCGUCAAAUUCCCCAAAUUCCUGGAAUCCCCGGGGGAAUCCCAGAUCCCUCAUCGAUCCCAGGAGUAAAUUCUUUCAAAAAUGCGAUUAUUACGUUCUUUCAAAUUAUUCAGGGCUCAGGAAUAGCGAAGAACAUUCCUGGAGCAGAUAAUAUCCCGGGUCUUCCACGUUCAACACGUUCAGCUCCAGCAACAGGCGCACCAGAUACCGAUUCUAUUAUGAUGGCACGCAUUAAACGUGAAGCACAUGGAACCGGAAAUUUACCCACAAAAUCUGGUUAAAUUUACGUUUAUACAUACCUUAUGCACAUUUCAUUACUAAUAAUUUUUGUUAAAAGCAAAAUGAUUUUCAAAACAUUUCAAAUAAAUUUUCUUCAAUUCCUGUUUUAUCGCAAAUA